AUGUCAUAUUCGAAGCCUGAUUCUAAUAAUGGAGAGGCUCAUAAGCUCGUUAAUAUAACCCCCGAAUACUUUGUGAAUCGCCAUGAUAUUGAGUCGAUAAUCCCUUCUAUAAGACAAAUUGCUGAUUUUUCAACUUUGAAAGAAGAUUCAAUAAAAGAAAUCAUGAAUGAAAAGGUAUUCAACUUCAUCCCUGGUACUAUUCCCGUGAUACUUGACGCUAAGGCAAAUGAUUUUAUUCUGAAGUUAAAAUCAGAAAGAAAUCGAUUCAAAAGACAGAAGACAAUAAACAAUGCAAACCCCAAAUCGAAAGAUGAUGAUCACGAUGAUGACAACAAAAUGGAGAUUGAUAGUGAUGAUAACACUGAUGAUAGUGGUAUAAAAAGAAAAGUUGAGUCUAAAGAGAAAAAUCUCAUUGAAUUGCAGCAGUUUGCCAACCUGAUCCGUAGUAAUUUGAAUGAACAAAUUUUGACAGUUUCAAUUUCUAAAUUCCCAAAUUAUUCAAACGUCAUUAUUGAAAAAUUAUUGAAAAAAAUCAUCCAAGAGUUUUUAAUUGAUGAAUUCAUACAGAAAUAUAAGGACACACAAUAUAAUAUUUCUUAUAAAUGGACAGUUUCCAACUUUGAAAACUUGGAAAAUAAGAUCAUUUACGUGAAAUUCGAGUUUUCGCCUAAAAAGUCAUCAUCUGAAAAGUCAAUCAUAAACGAGGGUUUUGUUAACCUCAAUCAAGAUCGUGAUAUCAAGAAAUCAUUCCUAUUACAUGUCUUCCUUAAGUUCAUCUCGAUUAUGCAAGGCCUUAAGUUGGAAAACCAUGUCAGGGAUGAAUACAAUAGAAAUAGGUCAUUUACAACUUCACUUCAAGUUUCCUGUGAAAGAAACACCGACAAGUUAAUUAAGAUGAUAACUAACGAGGGAGAUAAAAGUCCCGUUGCAAAGGAUAACGAAGAUAAGAAAGAAGAUGACCAUGAAGAUGAUCAAGAGGAUGACACUGGAAACAACAAAGAAGAUAACAGCAGUAACGAAGAUGAUGAUCAAAAAAUUAGUGAGCAACAAAAAGAGGCUGAGGAAAGUAUUGAAUCAUCAAUAUCCAAAGCUAUAUCCGCAAGUGAAUUCGAAGGAACUGUUCAAUUCCAGCAAGAGUUGCACAAUUAUACUAAUGAUCUUAUCAAACAUAGUCGUCAGGAAGUAAAAGAUGAUGGUGAAGACAGUGAUUCAGAUGAAAAAUAUAAAGUGAAUUUGAAAGAGCUUGCGGACUUGCCAAAAACAAUGGUCCCGCAAAUUGUGGAAGAUAUUAAGAACUUUAGAUUGGGAAUAAUCAGAAUUGAAAAGAAAAAACAGGCUAAAAAGCUUUUAGAGGAAAAGAAAAGAUCCAAAGCCCAAAUUAAGAAGAUGUAUAUGUCUAUCAGGGAGUCACGAAAGAAAGAUGGCCGUGGUGACCUCAUGGACAUUGAUGAUGAUGAAGAUGAUGAUGAAAAUGACAAUGAACACGAGGAAAUGAUUAGUGACACCGAAUAUGAAAACAUGAAAGAAGAUGAGCAACAAGAGAAGAUUGAAAAAGAAUUCUUGAGACAAGAAGCUCAUUUGAAGUAUCUUGAGCAACAAACUAAAGCCAAAUUGGUUGCCACUUUGAAUGAUCUACAGAAUUACGCCGCUGAUUUGGAACAGAAUUUACAGAAAAAGUACUUGGAUGAUUACGAUGUCAUUUUUGGUGAUGAGGAUAGUGAACAGCCUAAUCUUGAUGUAUCGAAGGUGCAAAAUUCAGAGUUGAUUAAAACAAUCGAAUCAUAUAACCUCAACCAUUCAACAUAUAUUCAUAAAAGAAACAUUUCCAGAAUGGCGGAAGAAAAACAAGAUAAAGCUGAACGAAAAGAAGAAGAAAAACGGGAAAAAUCACAACAAGAGGCUGGUGAUUUCCUCAAUUCUGUUCUUGGCUCAAAUGUUCAGGAAAAUGCCAAACAGGCAGCGCUAUUCAAAUUGAAUAUCAAAGUAUCUAAAGAAGAAAAACUGGCAGAAAAUACUACUAUGCAUAAUGAGGGUAUAAGCAAAUUGGAGGAGCCAGAGGAUGAAGAUAUGACUGAGGAAAAUUCCGCCAGUGAUCCCGUUUAUCUAAAAGCGGGCGAUAAAUUGCCUGAUAUUGUCAAGGGUAUGGUGCCUUUUAUGAAUGAUUUAUUAGUGGAGUAUCUUGGUAUGACAGAGGAAGAAUUAACAGGAUUUUUAACCAAUGCUAUUAUUGAGAAAGAAUCCAAGGAAUCAAUCAGCGAAGAAGUUUCCAAUUUCCUUGAUGAUGAUACUGAAGCCUUUAUGGAGAAAUUAUGGUGCAAAUUGGAAGAAGAAUCAAACAAGGUUUAG